UUUGCGUUGUUUAAUUUGCAAUGUCGUGUGAAAACAUCUCAUGGCGGAGUGGUCAAGAACUGUUGAAGCAAGCCACUUUGGUAGAGGUCCGACCAGGCCGGAAGCUACGAGUUUUAAGACAAGAACCUCGAGAGCCCAAAAUGCCAACAUGUUUGCUCGUGCAUGGAAGUGCUGCAUCUUUGACCCAAUACUUGGCCCUGGCGGAGGCUUUGAAGACGCUGGGCUAUGGUGUAGUGUGCUAUGACUGGCUGGGGUGUGGCUUGAGCGACAAGCCGGAUCAUUGGGAAUCAUAUGCUUUUGACGAGCUUCUUUACGACCUAAAAGCGAUUUGGGAUGCGAAGUGGCCUGGGAAAUAUUUCGUAGUGGGACACUCCUUUGGAAGCCACUUGGUUCUUCGGCUUGGGGCAAUGUUGGCAGACACCAUGUUGGCCGGAGACACCAUUGCUGGUUUGAUUCUGUUGGGAGCAGCAAAGCAGUUCCCUGAAGGCCAUCCAAUCUUCCGACUCCCAGUGUUUGUCCUGCAGUGGCUGCAGCCGAGCCUUACAAAGGCCUUCUUGCAGAUGGCGCUUGCUUCCAAUGAUCCAGAGCUUAUUCAGCAGGAGACGGAUGGCUGCAAUGCGAAUCCCAUGUACAUGUGCAAAGCCUAUUACAGACAGGUGAGAAAUGUCAGUGAUGACGAGAUUGCCAAGUGCCGCAGUCUUCCCAGUUUGCUGAUUAGAGGCGACUGUAGCAUACUUUGAACCCCUUAGCAGUUCUGAGCGUGUUGAAUGUGUGGAACACUGCUUUGAACUUUUACAUCUAGGAAGUUGGUGAACUGCAUUUAGCCAUACUAAUUUCGUGCUUCCCUUGAGCCUCAGGUGGCCAGGAUGGCAUUGUCUCUGCCUCGGACGUGGAGGCCCUUGCUGUAGCAAUGCCACUGGCACAGAUGAAAACUGUGGCGAAUGCUGGCCACGUCCCGAUGCUAGAGGAACCGGGCAAGGUGGCAGAACUGAUCGACGAGUUCAUCAAGUCCAUCUGAGGUUUGAAAUCGCUGUAGCAGUAGCAUGUAUUCGAUCAGGCCUUUUUGAAACCCAUCUUGAAGGCCACAUUUAUCCUGAUCAAUUGGGGUAAAUUAAAUAGUUUUCACUUGUCACUUGGUCCCUCAAAACAUGGAGGGUCUGCAAAUUUGAUUCAACAAGUGGAAA